GUGGACUAGCAGAACAGAGCUUGCAGAAUCCUCCUCAACACGGCUACAAAAACGGUACAGCGUGUGAAGAAGAGCUCAUGGAGCAGCUGGCUAAAGCAGAAACUGAGCAAGAAAAAGAUGAUGUUGGCAGAGGAUAGGAAGCAUUUUGAGGACUCAUUCACAGUACAGGCCUCUGCAGCAGAAAUGGAGAAAAUAAGGGUACGAAAUUCCUGGGUGCCAACCUGCCUAUGGCAACCUAGAAUUCUCCAGGGCAGGCUCGCAAAAUCUUCACCUACUCUCUGGGACAGUACUUUGCAAGAACAGAAGGGGGAAUUACGAAAGCGUCUAUCGUACACUACCCAUAAGCUGGAAAUGCUUGAAACGGAGUUUGAUUCUACACGUCAGUACCUUGAAAUAGAAUUGAGACGUGCUCAGGAGGAACUUGAAAAAGUAACUGAAAAACUGAGAAGGAUACAAAACAAUUACCUAGCCUUACAAAGAAUUAAUCAGGAUCUGGAGGAUAAACUUUACAGAAUGGGUCAACAUUACGAAGAGGAAAAACGGGCUUUGAGCCAUGAAAUAAUUGCACUCAAUAAUCACUUAAUAGAAGCCAAGGUGACAAUAGAUAAGUUGUCAGAAGACAAUGAGCUCUAUAGGAAGGACUGCAAUUUAGCUGCUCAGUUGCUCCAGUGCAGCAAGAAUUACGACAGGGCACAUAAACUCUCAGAGUUGCCAUCUGACUUUCAGGAAAGAGUCAGCAUCCAUCUGGAAAAACAUGGGUGCAGCCUUUCUGUCCCCUUGUGCCACACUUCUUACGCAGACACCAUACCCACUUGCGUCAUUGCCAAAGUGCUGGAAAAACCAGACCCAAACAGCUUGUCUUCACACUUGUCAAGCCCUUCUACAAGGGAUCUCAAUUUUCAGGACUCUGCCGGAAAAGUCGGACAAAGGCCACAGUACAAGUCCGAUAUCUACUGCAGCGACACAGCCCUUUACUGCCCCGAGGAGAGGAGGAGGGAGAGGAGGCCAAGUGUGGACACGCAAGUGAAAGACGUGGGGUUCCUGCGGUCCCAGAACUCCACGGACAGCACUGUCGAGGAAGAUGGAUUCCAUUCCAGUUUCUCUCAUGAAGCCUUCCCAGAGUACAUUACCUCUCUGCCAACCUCCAGCUCCUAUUCCAGCUUCAGCGUCACCUCCGAGGAGAAGGAGAACGCCCAAGCCAACACUCUGACAGCCUCUCAGCAAGCAAUCUACAUGAGCAAUCGAGACGAACUGUUUGAAAGAAAGUCCCCUGCAGGUUAUGAGCACCAGGGAAGCCCCAGGUUUGCCAAGCCCAAACCUGCGCAGCACAUGGAGCUUGCGGACGACAACGAGAACUCACCCACUUUUACCAGAACUCUGCCUCCAUAUGCAAAUGAGCCUUUCCAUUUCUCAGCCAUAACACCACAGCAGGCGUUAGCAAAUCAGAAAAUGAGGAACGAGUGCAGGAGUACCCACCUUUCAGAAGAAGACUUGCCUGGGCGAUGGCGGCAGUUGAGCGUGGAGGACAUUGGUGCAUACUCUUACAGGAACGCUGGCAGGCUGUCACCCUGCAGUUUUUCAGAGCAGUACUACAGCAGCCCUAUUAAGAAGGGGGACAGCCGAACAAGCCCCAUCUAUGCUAGCUACAAAGCAGAUAGCUGCUCCGAGGGAGAUGAUAUCUGCCAAAGCAGACUUGUGGAUUCUUGCUUCCUGAGAACAGACAGUGGUCUGAAUAUUGACAUCAGCACUAGCUGUAAACAGGACAAAUUGCCCACUUACAAAACUAAAGAAUCAAGAGACCAAAAAAAUGAAAGGAUCACUGUCCAGUUAUGCAGUAGCAAAAACAUCGAAAACAGCCCAGUAUUGAAAAGAGAAUACGUGGAUGUGAGCCCCAACAGCUCGGCAGAGUCGCUCAAUCAGAGUUCAGUGGAGGCUUCAGAAAUCCACCAGUCUUCCAUGGAUCAAGGAAGCCAUUCGGGUAUUCACAGCAAACAGCAGCAGUUUCAACGGACUGGGAGCACUGGUUUGAGUCGGAAGGACAGCCUUACAAAAGCACAAUUAUAUGGAACCCUUCUGAACUAGGCAUCUUCCAAAACGGCAAUAAGACAACAAACAAAAGGAAGUAAAGAGCAUUUGAUACUUCUAGUGAACAAUAAGGUUCUAAGAAACAGGAUUAUUAUAAAGUAUAUAUUCAUAAUGGUACUAUAUGUUUAAAACAAAAUCUCUUCAAAAACGUUAUACAGCACUUUUCACUUAACAUCCUUUCCACAUGGGAGAUCGUCCCCUCCCCUCUUUUAUAAACCUGAAAUAUUUUUAUAAUCAAAAUGGUAUUUAUUAGACUAUCUUAAGCUAUUUGAGCAGAAUUCUUUUCCCUUCAAGCAGGUUUCUUAUUUAUUUUUGUGCAUGAGGCCAUCUGUGCCUAAAUUCUUGGAGAAAAAGGGUAAAAUCAUGAUGGCGGCGAUAAAAAAAUAAAUCCACCUGAUAAAAUACCAUAAAAUGUCAUGUGAAAUCAAAACAAACAGGAAUGGUGAAUUUGAAGAAGUAUAUUUUUUAACAAGAAUGGAAUUGUAUCUUAAGUUAUUUCAUAAAAAUGUAUUUAUGAGUGACUAAUGUAUGCACAAAGUGAUACUAAUAUUUUGUUCUUUUAAUCCACUGUGUUUCUGCUUUCCUAUUUUUCCUUGUAUACUACCUCAAAAGUAAUUGAGGGUUUCUUUGUCACAUUUUCUGUAGGCUUGCAUUUAUAUUGUCUAAAAUGCAUGCAGUGUCAUAAUUAAUACUGUAUUUUGCAUAACUUAAUAAAAGACACCAGUGGAUCUA